GGGCUUAUCUGCUCCCUCAAAACAAUUGCUAAACUUUCCAAACUGCAAAGUAGGAGAGAUUUGAACUUCAGUCUCUUAUGUGUGAAUGAAUCUGCUUGGAACAAUUGAAAUGUUGUUUUCAAGUCUGGAAGACAGAAAUUCUGUGCAGCAUGUUUUCUAGGUGGAACUGGGUGGCCUGUGGCUUCUGUCUGGUGUUGAAUAUUUGUUCUCCUGAUGCUUCAGGUGGACUUGUGCAGUCAUGUGGUCACAUCAUCCCAGAGUCACCUGUACUGGCCCUUGGUUCCAAUUUCACAGCAUUGUGCAUUCUGAAUGAGAGUUGUCUUGACUUUGGCAAUAUCUAUGCCAGUCAGAUUAUCUGGAAGAUUAAAAAUAGAGUGGUACCUAAAGAACAGUAUCGUGAAAUAAACAGAACCGUUUCCAGUGUCACAUUCAAUGACACUUCUUCACUAGCUACUCCUCUGACAUGCAACAUUUUAGCAGAUGGACAGAUUGAACAGAACAUUUAUGGAAUUACAGUUACAGUGGGCUUGGCCCCGGAGAAGCCCAAGAACUUAAGUUGCAUUGUGCAUCAGAUGUCAAGAAUCACAUAUGUUAUGACUUGUACCUGGAACCCUGGAAGGCACACAUUCCUGGAUACUCAGUUCAGGUUGAGAUACAGGUGGCCAGAAGAGAUCUUUCCUGAUUGUAUACCAAAAGAUGUAAACAAUUCUUGCACUGUUGCUGAUAUUCAGUUCUUUGUUAACACGGAGAUCUGGGUAGAAGCAACAAAUGCACUUGGGAAGGCUGAAUCUGAUCCUCUGGUUGUUGAUCCCAUUAACAUUGUUAAACCACUGCCUCCUCAGAAUGUAUCAGUCAGCUCAGGACUACUACCUACUAUUCUGAAGCUUUCCUGGGAGAAUUGGAUUUCGAAUGCUGUGAUGACGCUGAAAUUCAAUAUUCGCUACAGGAUUGUUGAUGACACUGACUGGAUGGAGGUUCCUUCUGAUGAUACAGCUUCCCCAAGAACUUCAUUCAGUGUUCAAGGUCUCAGACCAUACACAGAGUAUGUCUUUUCCAUUCGUUGCAUGAAGGAAGAUGGAGUGGGCUACUGGAGUGACUGGAGUGAAGAAAAGACCGGGAUUACCACCGAAGAUUUACCAUCUAAAGGACCACCUAUAUGGAGGAUCAUCGAUAAAUCUCACUCACCAGCUUGCUGGACUGUGCAUCUAAUAUGGAAGGCACUGAAGCCAUUUGAAGCCAAUGGAGUAAUCUUGCAAUAUGAAGUGACUGUCAGAGAUAAAUCAUCUCUUUCCAGUCCAGUGAAGAAAUACAAUGUUACCAGCACUAACCAUACCUUACAGCUGCCGGAAGGAACUUACGAAGUGACUCUUAUUGCCCGUAACAGUGUUGGGGCAUCUCCUCCAUCAGUUUUACUUAUCCCAGCAAGUAAUUCAAAAGCUCCUGUGAAGAAUCUUAGAACAUUGCCUAAACAUGACAAGUUGUGGGUAGGGUGGACUGCUCCUAACAGUUAUGUUCUUAAAUAUGUGAUCGAAUGGUGUCUGGUGUCUAGCAGCUCAGACUGCAUCACAGAAUGGCAGAUUGCCCUAGGAGAUGUUCAAGGCGUUGAAUUAAAAGGUAUAAAGCCUUUCAAGUGUUACUUGAUAACUGUCUACCCUCUGUAUGCUGAUGGUCAAGGAAGUGGACAGUCUGUGAAGGCUUAUCUUAAGCAAGAUCGUCCUUCAAAAGGACCUACUGUUCAGACAAAAAAAGUAGGAAAAGCUGAAGCUGUUUUGACGUGGAACCAUCUCACAGUUGAGGAACAAAAUGGAUUUAUCCGAAAUUACACCAUACUUUAUAAAACUAUUGAUGGAAAUGAAACAGUUGUGACAGUGGAUCCUUCCAAGACAGAGUAUACCCUUUCCUCUCUAACCAGUGACACACUGUAUACUGUGCGGAUGAUGGCAUCCACAGAUAAUGGAAGCAGAAGUGGUCCUGAUUUCACAUUUACUACACAAAAAUUUGGAAAAGGAGAAAUUGAAGCCAUAGUUGUACCUGUGUGUCUAGCAUUCCUGUUGAUUGUGCUUCUUGGAGUUCUGUUUUGCUUCAACAAACGUGACCUAAUUAAAAAACAUAUUUGGCCUAUUGUACCUGAUCCAUCCAAGAGUAACAUUGCUCAGUGGUCUCCUCAAGUUCCAGCUAAGCAUAACUUUAAUUCCAAAGAUCAGAUGUACCCAGAAGGCAGCUUUACAGAUGUAAGCGUUGUAGAAAUAGAAGCUGACGACAAGAAGUCUUUUUCAGAACAAGAUCUAAAACCCUUUGACUUGCUUAAAAAGGAAAAAAGUACUUCAGAAGGGCACAGCAGUGGUAUUGGAGGAUCCUCGUGCAUGUCUUCUCCUAGGCAAAGUGUCUCUGACAGCGAUGAAGGUGAAACAACACAGAACACUUCAAGCACUGUACAGUACUCAACUGUAGUGCUUAAUGGCUACAGAGACCAGACACCUGUACAAGUCUUUUCAAGGUCUGAGUCAACUCAGCCACUGCUAGAUUCAGAAGAGAGACCAGAGGAUCAUGCUGGAGGAGCUGACAGUCCAGCACAGAGGCAGCAGUAUUUCAGACAAAAUGGUGGUCAGGAUGAAAUCAACACAGACAGGCCAUGCUUUGAAAGAACAAAGCAGAUUACUCAUGCUAAUGAGGGAGAUCUUGUUGGAUUUGUUCAACUGCAGAUCUCAGGUCAGAGUUCACAGCCAUUGGGCCUUGGGAUGGAAAAAAAUACCCAGGAAGCUGCUCUAUCAAAUGUUUUACAGACAUAUACUGAAGGACAAACUGUGAGACCUGAAACAGUGGAAGAAAAUCCACUGUCAGUUGAUGAAAUGCCAAAAAGUUACCUCCCACAGACUGUGAGACAAGGGGGCUAUAUGCCUCAGUGAGAGAAAAGACUGGCUCUGUUUAGGCCUUCAUUAGUGCCUGUACACAUCUUCCCGUGUGUUUCUGAUAAAGUAAGCUAGGUAUUUUUAUCAUACUGCAUAUUGAAAAACUGAAAUUGAGCAAAGAGUAAUUUCACAAAAUACAAUAAGGACUGUUUUUGUGGGAAAUUUCCAGUCCAGACCUACUGGAGAUUUACUUUUAUGCACUACAUAAAACCUUACAUCUGGAUAGCUGAACAAGCCUUUGUGCUACAUUGGGUGUUUUGUGUCUCUUCAUAACAGAAUUUCACAUGACUGAAAAGGUCAAGUUUUAAAUAUUCACAUCAGCCAGUAGAUUUCCCAGAAGAAACACUUUUGAUGCAUGGCAGUGUACAAGCCUAAAAAGCCAGCUCUAGUUGCACAGUGCAGCUUUGUGCAACAGUAAGACUGAAGCUCAGUAUUCUGACAUGGAAGAAUACUUGUGUGAUAUGCUUUUCAAUAACUUAAUUGACUUACUGAAUUUCAAAUUGGCCCAGUGCCUCAAUUUUCAGCUUACCAGACCUGCAAAUAAUGUUCAUCCCUGUUUAAAAACCAUAAAAGUUAAAUAUAACUUGCUAUGGUGUACAAAUAGGAAAACACCAAUAUGGCUUGAAUCUGAAUGCUACUAUAGUAAUUGAUACUUUACCUGCAUUUAGAUAUAUGUACACAUGAACUAUAGAGUAAUUUGGCCUAAAAAAUGUGCCUUGCAACUUGACACACAGCAAUUCAGUCUCAGAUGACAACACAGAUCAGCAGUUAUUUAAAGGCUUUGUACCCCAAUCACUGUUUCUAUAUAAGUUUUAUUAUAUAAAACUUCUGUGUUCAUAUAUGCCUUUGUUUAGUACACUUUGCUGUGUACAGCUCAAGUAACAAUCUGUAAGCUUUUACCAUUUUUCUGAGUGCUGAAGAUAAAGGAAAUAAGACCUUCCUCCUGACAAACUGCAGCUAUUAGUGUGCUACAACCUCACUGCUAAUACUGCAGGACAUCCUUGAAACUGAAAGCAGCCAAAGCAUUGAAGUCACUGAUGCUCUUGGAACUAAAACCAAAACCUGUACUCUGAAUUUCAACUUUGCUGGUAGUGCAUAUCUAUUAGUAAUCAUGAGCCACAAAACAUACUUAAGUGGUUGUUAAAAUUCCUUAUUUUUGUCUUAAUGUCUCACUUUUUCCCUGCUCAUACCUUAUUUUGAGGAAGCUACAUUUCUUAGAGACUUCCUCUACCACUGUUUAAACAAAAAUUAAAUUACAUGACAAUAAACCCCCUUCUCUAGUGACAACCAGAAAUUUUAUGGCACUCUUAAAGAUUUUUUUUAAUUAAUUUUAAAUCUAAUAUAGGCUAGUCAGCUUUCUAAUUGACACUAAUAAAACUGUAUUUCAAAACACUAAAUGCUGUUUUGUGAGAUUAAAACAAGUGUUUUAUUUCUCCUUCAGCAAAAUAACUAUGUAUUUAAGACCACCUGAAACCUUUUGUGCUGUGACCUCUGGUACUGCUGUUCUGCAGAGCACUUGCUAAAAGCCCUUGAAAGGCCUGUGUCAGUAUCAUUUCAUCUUCCCUUGUCUGCCACUUGCAUGGAAGGAUGGGUAUACAUGUAGAUGUCCACAUGUGUUUUUUGAUUUUUGUUAUGAAGAAAUUAAGUGCAAGAGUAAAUUUGUAAGAUUAUCUCUUGAAGUUUGGAAUAUUUAAAACAGAUAAAGAAUGCAGAAUCUUAAAUAACAUUUCAGUAUUCCACAGUUCCUUUCUUCUGACAGUAUUUUUCUAUAUGUAGGCACAUUUUUUUUAAAAUUAAAAUGUUAUGUUGCAGCUUACUAUAAUUACAGCUUUCUUCAGACCAGUCCUUUUCCUUUUCACCCCACUGUACCUCAGCACCUUCAAACUCCCUCCCAGAGGACAAAGGCAUAAUGAAAACUGCUGUCACGAGGCAGCAGAGACCAUCUUUCAUUUUUCAGAGGUUGAAGAAGCAUUCCUUUUUCAGAAUACAUUCCUCUUGGAAAAAGGAGCAGUUACUUUACCGGGGGCUGAGUUAUCUUCUCUAUGCAAACUUCACAGUGACUACUGUGAAGAAACCACAAGUAAAAGGGAAAGUCUCUGUUGAGUGGUGUGCAUGCUUAUUAGAACUGCCCAGCAGCCACAUGCAUUUCAUCUGUCUUCUCAUCUCUGAAACUGUAGGCCAUAAUCCAGCUGUGUAGUUUUCCUGGUUUAGGGCAUAUUGGGGAGGAAACUUCUGAAGGGGGGGUCUCUCUAGAAAACAGACCCAAGCAGUUCAGGAAAAUAUUUCUUUGGAGGAAAGUGGAAAAAACUGUUUACUUAACAAGCAAAGUACUUACAAACAUGAAAAAAAAAAAGAAUUAUAUGAAACAAGGGAACCUGUCGCUGUUCUGAAGAGAUGACAAAUUCAGAAAGUCCUUGUCCUGGGGGACAGCUCUCAGCCCCUCCUGCUGGAAAAUUCAAGACUUAACUAAUGUUAAACAGCAGCAAGAGAUUCUGAUUUUUAAAGUCUGUGCUAAUAAGAGUUCUGGCCUGUCAUUUCUGGCAUCUUUUGUUGUUGUUUAUGGGCCAGUAGUAUUAAACUCAAGGAAUUGAGUGGGUCCUAGAGAAAGUUUUGGCUGGCUGGUAGUAGCAUGCUCUCUUUUGAGACUGCAUUUAUCUAGGGCUAAAAUACUAAAGACUAAGCAGGAGCUCCUGGUGGGUGAACAGCUUGUAAAAGCCAUAACAGGUUUACAGCUAGUUCAUAAACAUACAUGCCAAAUAUAUUGUGCACUGUUCAGAGUUUAACAAGAUUUUGUAUUUUGGACUGUAAAAAUCUAAUUGUAGCCAAACAGCUGCAUACAGGUUUUAGGAGUAUCUGCAGUGUAAUUGUAGCAAUCAACUGAAAUUUUCUGAGAUUGGCCCUAAGAUAGUAAUUAAAGAAAAAGUUUUCUCCCGUCUCCACCCCCACCCCACCAAUGGCUGUUGGUGCAUGCAACAAAAUAAAGGCAUUAUUAAAAUCACAUUUCAGUAUAGAUACUUUCAUGUCCAUCUUGAUUUCCUGGAUUGGAAUUUUUCAGGUACAGGUGGAAGAAUAGUUGUAAGGACUGUUAAUUUGGUGGUGGGGAAGGCAGGCUAGUAGAAAUAUAUUAGCAUAUUUGAGAAACCUCUUAAACACAGGCUGGUUAAUGCUCCUCUGUUUACAAGAGAAGUAAAUAUAUUACCUUUGUAGUAGUAUUAUGGUGGGAAUGUCAGACCAGGAGAUGAUUGAUACUGUUUUCUGGAGUGUGUUGGCUCACUGUAAGGGCAGAUCAUCUAGGGUAUCUUCUCCUGCUAUAGUGAACGUCUUGGGAUUGUUUCAUACCUGCUAAAUUAAGCUUCCUGUUACACCUUAACAUGGCAGUACAAGCAUAGCAGAGGAAAAAUUUUUUUAAACUUUGUUCUGGAGAGUUUAUGACAAGUAUGUGCUUGUCUGGAACAGAAGCCUAGCAAAAACUGUAAAAAACCUUGGCCAUGGGAGGAUGAGGGAGUGUGCAUUCUAGGGCUGAGUCCCAUUCUUGGGUCCUGGAGAAGGCCUGUCACUUGGGUGGGAGCUUCAGCUUUGUAAAUCAUGAGCUUUGUCAGGUGGUUAAAACAUACAUCAGUAUUCCCAGUAUGUGGGGAUCACAAUGCUGAUUUAAAUUAAGUAAUUCUUUAAUUAGAGCCAGGUCUCAGAUACCCAAGAUCUGCAUCAGGUGUAUGCUGCUAUGGAAUUGACUUGUCAGUGGCAUCUGAAACUCCAAAGAUUGACGCAUUGUUAAUAGUGUGCCCCACUCUCAGACAUGCAAAAUUUAUAUUGUAAUAUAUGUGCUUUAAAUGGGACUAAAUACACUAGUUUAUUUUCCCCAUUAGACAGUGGUUGUAGUUGAGAUUAGCUGUUACUUGAAUGCAUUCCUUUAACUGUGCUAAAAAGUUCUCGACUGAUGGACUGUAAGAGUUCAUUAAUCCCCAUAAGCUCUUGUCUGUCUGCAAGGAUGGAUAGACAUAGCCAUUUUAAAUUCCAGGAGUCAGUUGUAAUGUUAUACAGGAGAAGUUUAUAUAAAAAUGAUGAGUCUUCUGUCAUGAAACAGCUUUUAGGGAAUUGCAGCCAACCGAGUCUUCAGCUUUGCUUUUGAUCCAGAAAACUGCAGUAAAGUAGAGGUAUAAGUGCAAAAGUCUGGAGGAGGUUGAAAUUAAGUAUCUUGUAUUUGACUCACGAAUUUCCAUUUUUCUUCCUUUAAAGUGAAAGUAACAGUAAAACAAACAAACAAAAAAACAAAAAAAAAGCUAAAAAAAGUAUAUAUGCUUUCACUAUUGUUUCCUUUGUAGGACUUGUGCAAUCUGAGCCAUUCUUGAAAAUAAAAGCAGUGCUGACUUAAUGCACAAGGAUGCAUUUCUAAGGCCACAAGAUUUGAUAAAACAAACCUAAAAAUAAUAUUGAAGGGCCAGAUUUGUCUGCUUCUCUGCCUUUUAACUGUAGUGCAGAGAGAGGGUGGGCAGCAAGUACCUCCCAGAAUGCAGCCUUAGCCAGUACUUGUAUUUAUUUGCAAAGACAACCUGAAGGGGAUAUAUGCAAUAAUGUCAUUGCUACUCUGCAGAAGCACACUUCUGUAACAAUAGAUGAAAAACACUUAUGGCACAACUGUUGACUGAUGGCUGGAAAGCUCCACAUCCACAUCCUCCUGCUCAGACUAAAGUGUCAGCUGUUCUUCUCUGGGGAUCACAGGCGUGGCAGGUGGGCAUUCUCUGCAGAGUGAAACUGAUAACACCUAUCACUUUUCAUCAUCAAAGCACAUUUGUUAAUGGAUCCAGUCAACUUGCCGUGUUUUUUUUAACACACUGGUUUUGUUUACAGUGUCACAUAUAGCCUGACACUUUGAUACAGCCAGGGAUUGUCUAGUAACCAAUUGCUUUUAUUUGGGGAUAAGAAGUUACUGGUCACCCAGUUUGCUGUGCCAAUAUAUGCAUCUAGGUGAGCGGAGGUGUGCGACAGGAACAGAUGUACCAACGAGGAAAGUGCCUUGAUGCUGGAUUGGAUGGCUAGUGAAUGUAAACAUUAAGUUAAAUGUUGCUAUGUACUUAAACUAAGUAUGGCUGAUUAAGCUAGUGGUAAUUUGAAUGCCAGCUUUAAAGGGCUUGUAUACUCCGGCCAGAGGUUAAACUUGUAAAUUGCUGCAUAAGCUGUCUCUGUAUGGAAAUGUGUUUUAAUACCUGUUCACUGUCUUUAUUCUUUUGCAAGCUGCAUGUGUAUUGUCAUAUAAAAUCUGCUUUCUAUGAUUUA